AUGUUGGACGAUUAUGGUAUAACGGAGGAAGACAUGGUAAUCGAGGAAGCUCAGGGCUACCCAAGAGCUUACGCAAAGAUCUGUCGCGAUUUUGAUGCUUCCCCGUAUAGAAAUGGCCCUCCUUUCACUUUCAUGCCAUACAUUCUGCAGCAGAACGAGAACUCAAGAUGCAGAGAGGUAAAUGAGAUGUUCCCAGUAAUGGAUCCGAAAGCGAGACCAACAACGAAACCGAAGAUCUUCCUGAGCCUCCUGUGGAAACAACUUAAUCAUCUAGGAAAUGCUGGUUUCGAUCCGGCUGUAAUUCGGAUUGAUCCAUAUGGGAAUGUUGUUUACUUCCACGCUGAUUCAGCUUCUCCUCUUGCUUGGGGUUUUGAUCAUUGGUUCCCUUGCUCAAGAGGAGGUUUAACAGUACCAAGCAACCUAAGGAUAGUGCAAUGGCAAGCACGCAAGAACAAGAAGGACAAACUCGAGUUCCUUGUACCAUGGUGGGAUCUUCAAGUCGGCAUCUCAGUGAAUCAGUUCCUCUCUAUUUUCGCCGCUUCAAGUUCCGAUUUCAGGAGGAGAGCGUUUUCAUUCUUGUUCAAAGAAGGCGAGAGCGAGGAACUUAACGGAUCACAAACGGUCGAGUCGCACCAUUUCCCACAUCAUUUUGUUGAAUCCAAAGAGAAGUUUGGCCUUGCUUCUGCUGCAGUUGUUGUCUCAAGAAGAGAUCCUUAUGACCCUUCAUUAGUCUUGAGAUCACUUGAUUACAAUCGUCAAACACCUGCAAAGAAGACGAGACUUGGUGCAAUGAAAGAGAAUGAGACUCCAGAUAUGAUGAAGAAUCCGUAUCAAGCGAUUGUUGCCGCUAGGGAUUCGCUGAGGAACCGAGAGGAAGCUCAGAAUACGAGAGCUGAGAUGAAGAAGCUAGAUGAUGAAAUGGAUGAUCUUGCAAGAAAGAACAGCGAAGAGAGGCUUACCAUUCAGGGGCUGGAAGGAGAGCUAAUUAAGAGAAGAAGACGAGCUGAGAAGUGCAGGAGAUUGGCAGAAGCUCAAUGCUCCUAUAGGAACACACUCGAGAAGAUGAUCCGUGACGCCAUGCACCAGAGUGUUGUGUAUAAGGAACAAGUGAGGCUAAACCAGGCUGCAAGUAGUGCACUUAUGGCGAGAUUAGAGGCUCAGAAGGCGAUUUGUGAUGGCUCAGAGAAAGAACUUCACAGGAAGUUUAAAGAAAGAGAGGAGCUUGAGAAUCAAGUGAGGCCUGAAUUGGAGAAAGCAAGGAAAAGAUCCAGACUUUUUCUGAAUGAUGAUGAAGAUGAGGACUUGUUGGUAGACGAUAGAGACAGGAAGUUGUCUUUGUAUCUUCCUGGAACAAGUGAAGAAGGUACGUCGUUACACAAGGAGUUGCGAGUUUACUUGGAAGAAGAGCAUAAAGCAGCAGCCUCUGAGGCUGAAACUCAUAAGCAUGAAGAAAUAGAAGAGGAGGACGAGGAAGAGAAGGAUCCAGAGAAGUCUCUUGUUGCGUUAGAGGAAGGGAAGAGAGGCAGCAGCAGAAGCUUUAGAGCUUUUCCUGUAUUCAAGGAGCCAGAGAGUGAUGAAGAUGAGGAAAGCAGGAGAGAGAGAGGGAAAGGGAAUGUUGAGAAAUGGCUUCAUAUCUUACUGGAGAAAAACAGCAGCAAAGAAGAUCUUGAAACCGAAAGAAGCAAGAGCAUUGAUGAGAUGAUUGAGAAACUUGACCACAAGUUCCCUCUACUUGAAAAGGUCAAUGAAGAUGAAGAAGCGGAAACGCAGUUGCAGGCUGAGGAGACAAACAACAACAACAACAACAACAAAAGCAAGGAGGUGGAAACAAGAAGUGAAAGCUCUCGUAGAAGCAGAAAGAGUUUUGAUUUGAAGAACACACCAGAGAAGAGUGGCAGAGAGAAAGUGGUGAAGAGAUCAGAGAGCGCCAGAGCCUUCAGAAGGAUUCCAUCUUCUCCAUCAAUCCUCUUUGGAAUGAAAAAGGGAAUUGACUGCAUCAGGAAGAAGCCUGUGGUUUCAGGUCAGGACGAUGAGAACGAUUAUCUCGUCAAGAACAACUUCAUCAAAUCAUCUCUCCAAUCAAUCAAACGAGCUGUCAAAUUUUAA